CCCUUAAAUUAUAAGGAACUAAAAUCAGUUCUUUGCAUUGAUUACCAGCAUUAUAAACUAUAUGUUUAGAGUGUCCAGACAGAUGCCAUCAAUCUUACUCGUUGAAUGUUUUCUCAUUUUGUGAAUAGUUACCUUGUUUUUGGUGGGGCUGCUUGAGGAGAGAGAUACCACUUGUUGCAAAUAAGGGUGAAAGAAUUUGGUGAAAAGAAUUGUGUGUUGAUCUUUUUCUGUUACUUGUAUGAAUAUAUUAUGAUUUACUUAUACAUUUUAAAGGCAUGUUGGGCAGACUCAUAAAAAUAGGGCAGUUUUGCAAAGAAAUGUCUAUCUAAAUAAAGAAUAUUUUUUUUGAACAUUAGCAAUAUAAUACUUGGAAGCCUUAUUUUAUGGGAUUUGAUUGGGAGUAAUAGUUUGAGGGGUAGAGGAGAAUUCAGACAUUGUUUUACUUUAAACAGCCAAGUUUUAAAUAGGAUUUUUUGUUUCUCACUUUACCAGUAAUACAAUAGUACAUGAUGCUGUUAAAUAGUUAUUAAAGGAUUGUAACGGAAAAUCAAAGAGUUAAUUUGUCCAAAUAUUAUGCAUCUAUAGUUAACAUCCUGCUGCAUUACUAGCUCCGCACCACCUGCUUCAGUCUCGGAAGUGUUCCAUACAUCUCUCUGUGUGAUCUGCUUCAACACUGGGCUGGAAAGAAGCUUUUAACAAACUUUUGCUACCUCUCCUCUCAGUUCUGAUUGCUAGGAUGAACUCUCCCUUCCACCUGCAAUUGUGUACCGUGCCAGUGGCAACUGGAGCUACUACUCAAAUGGAAACAUAACAUAAAAGAAUUUGACAUAUUGUUAUCUUCUUUACAAGUGUUUCAAUAGCUUAAAAAAAGGGGGGGGGAGGUGAGCCGGGGCCAUGUGACCAGCCAGCUCUGCAGAGCAUUAGCAGUGCUCUCUAGCCCCCAGUAUGGGCACUACUGCUUCAGAGUUUUUGUUAUGCUAAAUACAAAGUAAUAAGGGUUGAAAGGAGUGUAGUGCCUCAUUCCCCAAGGCAAAGGAUGCUUUUUGUCUGCGUAUUUACCGUAAGUUACAAAAUAUACUUUUCUCAGGCAAAACUGUAUUAAUUUAGCUGAAGCAUUAUUUUACUAAUUCUGUUUCUCCACAGAGCUCAUUCUGCAAAGCAAGCCCUGGAAGGGAUCUGCUGACAGCUUGUGGAAAGGAGUUAAAGUGAUUGUGGCAAACAACAAACCUCUGCAGGAUCAGAAAUAUCAAUCAGUCUAGUAAAACAUGCACGGAGCUGUUGACGAAUAGCGAAUGGCUGUGGGGAGGAGGGCUCUUCCUUUGCAUUUAUAUUAAUAUCUAAACUUAUGGUUCAGGGGAAGUAGGAGCACAGAAUGUGAGUUACUCUGUUGUAGCCCAUGGUCCUGUGUGGUAUAGCUACAUCGGAGACAAGGCAAAAAGUCCUCAAAGAAGGAUAGACUGAUCUUCAUCUUGUGAUUACUGGACAGAAGAAAGAAAUAAAAGCCAAACUGGAAUAAAAUGCCAGCUAAAGGCAAAUACUUCUUCAAUGACAAUGAAGACUGCAAGAUAACAGACCCACUUUAUGGGAAGUACUGCUACACAAGUCAACAGCAACCGCUGCUUCUGCUGCUGCUCUUCAUUGCAAUUACUUUCUGCACUACACUAAUUAUUAUUUUUUUUGUUAAACAUGAAGCACAUCAUCAUCUUGCUUUUGUUAUUACAGUAUGUAUUACACUAGUAAUAUUUGCAAUCAUCUACUUGAUUGUAUGCAUUGAAUCCUUAUUUAGAAGAUGGCUGAAAUUAUUUGGAAUUUUGAUUUGGAUCUGCUUCCUAACCAUAGGAUAUGUGUCUGUUUUUGAUACUGAAGGUCACCAUUCAUUCUGUGCAUGGGAACAGGUGCCAUUCUUUCUAUUCAUAAUAUUUGCUGUUUAUACCAUGCUACCUUUUGGGAUGUUAGAGGCUAUUAUAAUCAGCAUCCUUUCUGCGGUUUCCCAUAUUAUAGCCCUAAGCAUUGUGGCAUCUCGUGUUCUACCAUGUAAAGAGUCCAUUGUAUUUCAGUUGCUUGCCAAUGCAGUCAUUUUUCUCUGUGGUAACUUGAUGGGUGCAUUUCACAAGUAUCGAAUGCAGAUUGCUUCAUGGGAUUUGUACAGAUAUACUUUGAAGUGCACUCAAGUCCGAAUGAAACUGAAGAUUGAAAAGAGGCAACAGGAAAACCUGCUUUUAUCUAUAUUGCCAGCUCAUAUCUCUAUGGGAAUGAAACUAGCCAUCAUAGAGCGACUCAAAGAAACCAAUGAUACUAGGCAAAUACAUGAUAACAACUUCCAUAGUCUAUAUGUGAAAAGGCACCAGAACGUCAGCAUCCUUUAUGCAGACAUUGUCGGAUUCACACGCCUGGCUAGCGACUGCUCUCCCAAGGAGUUGGUAGUGAUGCUGAAUGAACUCUUUGGGAAGUUUGAUCAAAUUGCAAAGGAAAACGAAUGCAUGAGAAUAAAAAUUUUGGGAGACUGUUAUUACUGUGUCUCAGGCCUACCUGUAUCGUUACCAGUUCAUGCCAGGAAUUGUGUGAAAAUGGGACUUGACAUGUGUGAAGCUAUAAAGCAAGUGAGAGAAGCUACUGGAGUAGAUAUCAAUAUGAGAGUUGGUAUUCAUUCUGGGAAUGUGCUUUGUGGUGUGAUCGGACUCCGGAAAUGGCAAUAUGAUGUUUGGUCUCAUGAUGUUUCCUUAGCAAAUCGUAUGGAAUCUGCAGGAGUACCUGGCCGUGUACACAUCACUGAAGCCACCCUAAAACACCUAGGUAAAGUUUAUGAAGUGGAAGAAGGGAAUGGACACCAGAGAGACCCAUACCUUAAAGCAAAUAACAUCAAAACUUACCUAGUGAUUGACCCAAGGUCCAAACAAAGCACUUCAAACAAUCAUCUUCCUAAAGCAAGGGUGAACGAUGGGCUGAAGAUGCGAGCCUCUGUCCGAAUGACACGUUAUCUGGAGUCUUGGGGAGCGGCUAGACCCUUUGCCCACCUGAACCACAGAGAAAGUGUGAGCAGUGAAUCUUCAGCUACGCAAGGGAGGCGAAGAAAGGAAAUACCUUUGCGUAUGGCAGGUCGUCUGAGGACUUCAGAUAGAAAUACAUCUCAAAAAGGAAGGCUGGAGGAAGAUAUUUAUGAUGAAAUGAUGUCAACCAUUGAGGGUCUUAGUUCGACCAAACCGUGGUGUUGUAAAUCAGAUGACUUCUGUAGAUUCUGGCUCUUUUUUGUAGAAACAGGACUUGAAAAAGAGUAUCGCACCAUCUCCAUCCCAAAAGUGAAGAGUUACUUUGCGUGUGCCAGUAUUGUGUUGCUCUGUAUAUUUGUGAUACAAAUGUUUGUGAUGCCAAAAACUCCAAAACUUGGGAUUUCAUUUGGGAUUGUAGCAGUCAUCAUUGGACUGAUUUUAUGCAUGUGUUUUGUUGAUAAAUGGAUGGGGUGUUGCUCAGAACGAUGGCCUUCUUUGAGGCCCCUUUCUGCUGUUUCUGAGAUGGUGGAAACAAUGCCUCUAGUGAGACUCCCAUUAACCGUCAUCACUGUUGGUGCCUUGCUGAUUAUCGCCAUUUUUAAUGUUACUCAGCCUACUGAAGAAAGCAGACUUUCAAACUCUACUGGAUCAAGAAAUGAGUGUGUCACUGCUUGUACUACUGGAAAAAAUACAACUGGAUUCUGUUCUGAGAAUAUCAUCUUCCCUUAUUAUACUUAUUGCUGCAUAUUGGCGUUUAUUGCUUGCUCAGCAUUCCUUCGAAUGAGCUUUGAACUGAAAUUUCUUCUUCUGUCUGUUGCUGUCACUGUGUACAUCGUAAUUUUUAAUAAUUUGAGUAGAAACUGUGACCCUGAAAGGCUUUUCUUGAAAGAUCCAAUAAUGAUGAGUUAUUUGUACAUGGCUAUGUUUUACAUAACUCUGAUCCUACUGGCAAGACAGAUUGACUAUUACUGCCGACUGGAUUGCCUAUGGAAGAAUAAAUUUAAAAAAGAACACGAACAGUUUGAAACUAUGGAGAAUGUUAACAGGCUCUUGCUGGAAAAUGUCCUUCCAGCACAUGUUGCUGCCUAUUUCAUUGGUGAAAAGCGAAAUGAGGACUGGUACCAUCAGUCAUAUGACUGCGUCUGUGUCAUGUUCGCAUCAGUACCUGACUUUAAGGUAUUCUAUACUGAGUGCGACGUUAAUAAAGAAGGACUGGAGUGCUUGCGGCUGUUGAAUGAAAUCAUUGCUGAUUUUGAUGAGCUGUUGUUAAAACCUAAAUUUAGUGGUGUUGAAAAAAUCAAAACCAUUGGAAGCACUUACAUGGCAGCAGCAGGCCUCAGUGUUACACCAGGCCAAGAAAAUAAUCAGGACAAGGAGAGACAGCAUGCUCACAUUGGGAUCAUGGUAGAGUAUGGAAUUGCCUUGAUGAGCAAACUGGAUGGCAUCAACAGACAUUCCUUUAACAAUUUCCGCCUACGUAUUGGGAUAAACCAUGGGCCUGUGAUAGCUGGUGUGAUUGGUGCCCGCAAACCUCAAUAUGACAUCUGGGGUAACACUGUCAAUGUUGCUAGCAGAAUGGAGAGUACUGGUGAACUUGGAAAAAUCCAGGUUACAGAAGAGACCAGCAGAAUAUUACAAGAACUGGGAUAUGUGUGUGAAUGUAGGGGGCUCAUUAACGUCAAAGGCAAAGGAGAACUUAGGACUUAUUUUGUGUGCACUGACACAGCCAAAUCCCAAGGUGCUGGAUUGAACUGAGGCUGUAACAAAGUCUGUCAAAUGGGUUUUGAACAACCACAUUGCUUCUAUGAAGACUUGGUAUUUUUCUCCUUAUAUAAAGGAGAUUAUUCUAAAUGUGUGCUAAUGGUCCACCUGCAUCUCAAGAGACUGACUUAUAAAGAAGACAAGUCCUGAAAGUUCUUACAGGAAAUGGUUGGCUUGUCUGUUCCUAUGAUAAUUUGAAGACUUACCUGGUAUGGCCUUGCCGUAUUUCCUGUUACUUCCUUUCCUGCUUGCAAGAUAGGAGACUGAAAGCCUCAACAAGGACAUACAUGAACGCGUUAUUUAACUCAGUCAGGUGAAAACAUUUCACUGCCUCGUUGUUAGAUCUGCUAACAGUAUUGCAUUUGUCAUGAACAUGAAGUGACAGUAAGCUUUGGGCGCAGCAUAUCCUUCAGUUGCGUUUUCUUGAAACAAAG